AUGAUCCGAGAUACAGAAGGAAUAAUUCUGGCAGAGGCAGCGCUUCAGGUGGCAGCAGAGGACGAUGCGAUAGUCUCGCACUCGUCGGUGCAGCUGCCUGUCCAGUCCUUUCUGAACCGGAUCUCCCGGCUGGCAAACGCCGUGAAUACCGCCUACCUCAGACCAAUGCCGGCAGGCUCAUCCCCAGACGAUGCGCUGAAGUUGAUACAUAGGUUCCUGUUCGAGGAGCAGCGCUUUGGCCUGCCGGCAUUUGGCCGCUCCAAUAUUGCUAGCGGCCAAGUGAUGGACAAUCCGGGAGUGCAUGAGAACGCCAAGUACGCGUACCUGCACGAGCUGCUGGUGAGCAGGAAGGGAACGCCUGCCGUGCUGGCCAUCCUGCUGGAGGAGGUCUGCCAGCGGCUGCUGUCCCAGGGCGCCAUCGACUUUGCCGUGCGAGUCGACUGCACCUCCCUUGACCGGUCUGGCCCCUCUAUUUUCUCAAAGCUGCCGCAGGCCGAGGUGAUCCCGGGGCUGAAUCGGGCGAUGGUGACGCGCGCGGACGGCAGCAUGCUCAACACGUGCUCAUCCGACGUGCUGGUGGAAGUUCUGCGCUUCCUCAAGCGCGCCUACUGGCCCUUCCCCUGGCAGUCCACCCCCGACAACGCCACCGGUGGAUUCACCAGCGCCGCCACGAUUUGGCUGGAUGGCGAGGACCGCGCGGAGCUGCAGGCAAUUGCCCGGACGGCCAAGCACCGCCUUGAGCGGGGAAUUUGGACCAGUCCCGGCGGUGGUGCGGCCCAACACUCUGUAGCCUCACUACUCCAGGAACUACCCGUAGGUGCAUUGUAA